AUGAUUGGACUUGAAUUAAAAGCCGAGCUGGAGGGCGUCACGAACUUGCAUUUCCGGGACAGUCAAACAGAGUAUUAUCAGUUCAAAUUCCGGGUCGAGUGCGAGGGGUGCCACGAGGAGAAUCCCAAGCCUGUUGAUUUCAAUGCCCACGAGAAGGUCGAGGCCGAACACACUCGCGGUGAAUUUAGUUUCGUUAUGAAGUGCAAAAUGUGUAAACGCACGGGCACUAUUCUCGUACACAGCGUGAGCAAGAAUGGAUAUAGUUCGGAGGAUGCUAAGUCUGUCAACAUGGCAACCUUCGAUGUUCGGGGUCUGAGGCUGAUCGAGUUUGUUCCCGACGGGUUAUUCAAAUGCGAAUCGGCUCACAGCGCAGCCAAAUUUGAUGAAGUGGAGUUGAUUGACGGGGAGUGGUACGAUUAUGAUGAAUCUGCUAGUUCUGAAGUGUCGAUCCAAAACGUAGAGUGGAGUCUGGUGAAACUCAAGCACUGA